CUGCUCAGUAAGGGCUUGUGGCCCUCACUAUGGGCUGCUGGGCUUCGCGGUCUCCAUCACAAGCAGCAAGUCUGAAAGGCCAUGGAUGUACAGAGUGAAGCCCGCUCCUUGCUCUCAGCCUGGCUUCGCCAUGAGGAAGAAGCCGCGGAUCUACGGAUCGUGGCAACGUCUGCACUGCGCUCUGAAGGCUAUAGCGAGGCGCCGAAGAUGAAUCUGGCAAAGGAGGAUGCCAAGUGGAAUGCCUACAAGACGGUGGAAAAUCGCUUGAGAGCUGUCCGCCUGGACGUCGGCUCCAGCGGCUCAAGCGCCCUGGCAGAGGACGUGGACGUGGCGCUGCGGCUGCUGGCGCAACGGCGACGGGAGCAAUGCGAAGCCAAGGCCAUGGCGCGGGCACCCCGCGCUCCAACCCGCAGCGUGCCAGCGGGGUCAGAUCCAGCCCUUCGGAUGGAGGUGCGGCACCAGGCGCGGGAGGCCGCGCGCCAGCGCGCGUCCAAAGCGGGACGCGCCGCCUCGGGAGGUGCCCGACGCUCCGGACGCUCCGGACGCUCCGCAUCCUCUGCCAGCGCGCUGGAAACAGCAGCCGCAGCCACGCCGCAAUGCAGCCCCUUGACGUUGUGCGCCAUGGGCGUUUGUAGUGGAAAGGCGGCGCAAAGCAAGAGCCGUGAGGUGAAACCGAAGGAAUUGAAACAUGGCUACCUGUAUGCACCGUUGCAUGAUGGCUCCUUUGAUGAAGAAAAUGCCAACCUGGACAUCCUGCAGUUUACAUCCGCCAUUUUUGUGGCGGACGAGGCUGAAGAGUUCAUCGUGAGUGUAAUGCGUUUGGGACAGCUUGAGGGAGAAGUAAGGUGCCACUACCGGACCGAAGAAGGCUCGGGCAAAGCUGGAAACCGCUACGAACAUGUGGAGGGCGAUUUGAUCUUUCCUUCCGGUGAGUUUGAGCGUUCCAUUCGCAUUCCUAUCAUCGAGUCACCGCUGUGGAGUGCCACCAUGGAGUUCAAGGUGCUACUGGAACACCCCAUUGGAUGUCAGUUGGGAAAGUACUUGAAGAUCUGCCGGGUGAAGGUCAUUGAUCGAGAUAGCUUCCCCUCCAGUUUCUAUGCCCAGGAGAUUGAAGAGGAUGUGGAGAGCAUCAACCAGACAGGUCUUUUCAUUGAAUAUGUGAAGCUGAUACUGGAACAGCCUGGCAACACUUGGAGAUUUCUCAUCACCGUCAUUUUCGAUCAGCUGAAGAAUAUUUACGUUUGGUUUACGUUGAAGGCCUCUGUGUACAUGGUCAACGUGGUCUUCGGCCACAGUGCAGACUCAGAAGACGAGCUGCUCAUCCCGGAGGAUCCCGCGAAGACGGCACAGGUUUUGGGUCUCAUGUAUGUGCUUUUGCCGCUGUUGCUUCACAUUUGGAAGGUGACGAAGAUGAAGCUGGAUCUGAAUGGCCGCUGCAAGCUCUAUUUGCAGAGUUCAGUCAUGCGGAAGUACAUGAACUUCAGCGAGGAGUCACGACUGGAAGUGACACAGCCAGAAGUGGUGUCCUUCGUGAUGCAAAAAUCGGAGCAGUUGGCGGGGUCCAUCAGCGAAGUGUCUUCGUUGCUGGAAACCUUGGGAAAGCUAGUGAUGCUGAACUAUUUUGCAGUCUCCAGUAACCCCGCCAUGACUUGGGCGGUCAUCACCAUGCCAGCCGUGAUGAUUUUGUGGUCACUGCUCAGGGAUAGUGGAUAUAUUUGCGUGAAGCCUCCAGAGCCGUCCAAGAAACCCAUCACCAACUUUGUUUCACAGAUUUGCGACAAUUACACUAUCAUCGCGUACUAUUUUCAACGGCCUGCCAUGAACGAAAAGUUUGCUGCCCGUGCCACGAAAUUCAACGAUGAUGGAAUUCCGGAGGCGGUCUACAAAAUGAACAGUGAGUUCUUUUUCGAUUGGCUCGCGCCUUUAUUUGUGGGCCUUUACAUCGCCUUCUACUCUCCACUGGUUCUGGCGAAAGAACUGCCACUGGGAACUUUCCUGGCAACCAUCAGCGUUUUCAAAGAGGUUAGUUCCAAUUUUGAAGAUGGCUAUGCUGGCCUGAAAAAGGUCAUUUCCUGCUUUGAACCCUUGGUUGACCUGACAGUCUUCCUGAACCGGCCUACAGAUGUUCCGUUGCUGAAGCAAUUUGUGGACAUCCGCGUUGCAGAGACGCACAAAUGCCGGAAGAAGCUCAUGGCACUGCCUAUGGCCUUGGCAACGGAAGAAGCUGGCACUGUCAGAACUGAUUUGAUACCCAUUCGUUUGGAAAACAUUGGCCUGACUCUGAAGGGCAAAACAAUUUUCCAAGACGUCAACCUCUCAGUCUCUCAAGGGAAGCUGGUGGCCCUCACUGGACCUGCUGGAUCUGGGAAAUCCAAACUUCUGAAGAUGUUGGUUGGGGAUGCAUCACCCAGUAGCGGUCAGGUAUUGAUUCCUUCGCACCUGCGCUUUGUCUUGGUGACACAUCAAGUCUUUGUAAUGUCCAGCACCCCUUUGCAGAACCUCUUCUUUGGCGAUCCGGCCGCGCUGGGCAUUGCAGAGGAACGGCAUCGCAUGCUGUGGAUCCUGGAGAAGCUGAAGAUGAACAACACGCGGCAGCUGGCAGAAUUGGAACUGAGUCUCCUGCAAGAAACCGAGUGGGAGAAUGAGGAGGAAGAGCAUUGGGGAUGUUGUCCUUUGGUUGCAGGUGAUGGAGGCGAUGGUUGCGAAGUCAUUGACUUUUGCGAGGAAAAACCCGAGGAGAAGCCCGAGCGGGUGGGUUCUGAAGACUGGCAAGACGAAGAUUGA